UGGAGGGGACACUCAGCAGAAGUGGUGGCAGUGGAGGGGGAGGACAGCCGACAAAGAGCUGGUUAUGUCUGGGUUAAUAUUUAGCCUAAGGACGGUCAGCUCCUGGCCCUGUAAGCGUCUGUUCAGGCUUAGCAGUCUGCAGUUACUUCCACUCUCCAGGAACAACUCCAAAAUGUCUUCAGAUGCUCACUGGCUCUCCCCUGCAGACCGGGAUCAGAUGCUGAUGGAACUAAGAGCCACAGGCUGGGUAGAGGUGGAGGACCGGGAUGCCAUCUUCAAAGAGCUCAACUUCAAAACAUUUAACCAGGCGUUUGGCUUCAUGUCUCGUGUGGCUCUGCAGGCAGAGAAGAUGAACCAUCACCCAGAGUGGUUCAAUGUUUAUAAUAAGGUCCAGAUUACACUGACUACCCAUGACUGUGGAGGACUUUCAAAACGAGACAUCAAGAUGGCCAAGUUUAUUGACAAAAUAGUUCUUUCAAUGUGAUGUUUUGCUUAUUAUUCAUAAAGUUUUGAUGCGGUAAAUUAACAGCUUUGCUCUGACCAAAUGUUUCCUGUCUAUUUUCAUCCAUAUAAAACUGCUUUUGCCUUCAGUAUGACUGGAAGAUGUUCUAAUUUUUUAGUUUGCUGCAUAUUUUGUACAAACUCUGCAAAAAUAAAUCAGAUUUUGUUAAA